AUAUUAAUUCAAUUUUGUGAAAACCUCCUUAUUAGGGUUAGGGUUUCCUAUGCUUCUUCUGGGAUUUUAGCCCCAAAUUUCCUCUUCCAAAUCCACACACAUUCAAGAGCUUUGGGAAUUUUUUUUUCUUUUUCCGGAUUUGCCCUUGCACAGCUUUGAAAUUUUGUUAUAUAGUAAUCCCAGAUCGUUUUCCAGACGCUUUGAAAGUCUGGUCUUGUUUGUCAUUUUCGAUUUUUCUGUGGGGCACCCCAUCCCUGACCUGCCCAAUUCUUCUGUAGCCAAAAAGGCAGAGCUUCCUCCCUUUUUCUUUGCCCCUGGCCUGGUCUUCUGGGUUAGAGACAGCUAGGGUUAGGGUUGAGAUCUCUCUCAUCCAAUCAGAUUUACCAAUUUAGCCUUCUAGGGAUUUUGAAACUUUGGGCCUUCAGUUCCUGUUAUCUCGGAUCAAUUUUUUUUUUUUUUUGGUUGAAUUGAAUUGAUUUGGUUUUUUUUGUUUUUUGUUUUUUCCUUCUGUUUGAAAUUCUGGGCGUAGUGUACGGAGUUGAGCUGGAUUGAGCUGGGUGGGUGGCAAUUCCAGGCAACACGCCAAAGAGAUAUAUGUUAAUGCUAAUGAAGCCCCAUUAAGUUUUCCAAAGCAUGCUUUUUCAAUCCCUGAGAUAUCCAGAGUAUGGGACUAUAUGCCUUAACAGAAAAUAAAGGAGUUUCUGGUCAUCAAAGGGUUAUUCUAACAAAUAACCUUGUUUGCCUGGAGCUUUGUAAUAGCGUCUCCAAGUUGAGCUUCUAGCAGUAAGGUUCUUUGAAAGGUUGAAUCCAGUGCUUGUGAAUCCGUUACUCAAAGUUUUAUAAUAUUGAAGAUUAUAAGCCUGAAGAUGAGCUAUUAGCUUACUGUCUUUCUACAACAUUUUGGAGGCUUCUAUUUGUUAUUGGUAGCUCAAGAUACUAUGGGGACAGAACUCAUGAGAGUUUGCAUAAAGGAAGACAAUGAUGAAUUUCCAUCGGUGCCACCGGGAUUUGAGUCAUUCACAUCUUUCAGCUUAAAAAGGGUGAAUGAAAGUGAGAAACAAGAUAGUGAAAACCUAAUCAGUUGCUGUGCCACUACCAGUACUUCUGAAUCACAGUCUGUUCAGAUGGAAACUGGUAAUACUGUUGCUGAAGUUGCAAAGAGGUCUCAACGGCGGAGGCCAUGGAUAAACAAUAGACGGUAUUAUAACAAUGCUGAGGAUGAGUUUGAUUAUGAGAGCCUUGAUCAAAAUUUUCUUCUAAGGUCGCUUCUUCCUAAAGGGGUUAUACGGGGAUGUCCAGAGUGCAGUACCUGCCAAAAGGUAUCUGCAAGAUGGCAUCCAGAGGAUGGUCAAAGGCCUGACAUCCAGGAUGCUCCAAUAUUCAGACCAACUGAAGAGGAGUUCAAAGAUACUUUGAAAUACAUAGCGAGUAUACGCCCAAAAGCUGAACCAUAUGGUAUUUGUCGCAUUGUUCCUCCCUCUUCAUGGAGACCCCCCUGUCCUCUCAAGGAAAAGAAUGUUUGGGAGACUUCGAAGUUUGCUACUCGCGUCCAAAGAGUCGACAAACUUCAGAAUCGAGAUUCAAUGAGAAAGAUGCCAAAGGGUCAUAAUCAUACGAGGAAGAAAAGGAGAAGAUGCACACGAAUGGGGGCUGAUUGUCCUGUUGGUGGUAGAGGAUCUGGGGAUGAUGGAAUUUGUGAGGCAGAAAGGUUUGGGUUUGAACCUGGUCCAGAGUUUACUUUAGGAGCCUUUGAAAAAUAUGCUGAUGACUUCAAGACCCAAUACUUUAGCAAGAAUGAACACUUUACUGAUAUAGGAGGUCACUUGAGUGAAGUCAGAGAUUGCUGGGAGCCAUCUGUGGAAAAUAUUGAGGGUGAAUAUUGGCGGAUGGUGGAGAAACCUACGGAAGAAAUUGAGGUUCUAUAUGGGGCUGAUUUGGAAACAGGAGUUUUCGGAAGUGGUUUUCCCAAGAUAUACGGUCAGGAUGGUUUUACUUCAGAGGAGCAGUAUAUAACAUCUGGCUGGAACUUGAACAACUUUCCUAGACUGCCUGGAUCUGUCCUUUCUUACGAAAGCAGUGAUAUAUCUGGUGUUCUGGUGCCAUGGUUAUAUAUAGGGAUGUGCUUUUCUUCCUUUUGCUGGCAUGUUGAAGAUCACCACUUGUACUCUUUAAAUUACAUGCAUUGGGGUGCUCCGAAGUUGUGGUAUGGUAUCCCUGGUAGUGAUGCCUGUAAAUUUGAAGAGGUUAUGAGAAAGCACCUCCCUGACCUAUUUGAAGAACAACCUGACUUGCUUCAUAAGCUGGUAACACAGCUCUCCCCCUCUAUACUGAAAUCUGAUGGGGUACCAGUGUACAGAUGUUGUCAGAAUCCUGGAGAGUUUGUCCUGACCUUUCCUCGAGCUUACCAUUCAGGGUUCAACUGUGGUUUCAAUUGUGCAGAGGCAGUUAACGUUGCUCCUGUUGAUUGGUUGCCACAUGGACAGGUUGCUAUAGAGCUAUACCAAGAGCAGGGACGAAAGACAUCCAUUUCCCAUGAUAAAUUGUUGCUUGGCGCUGCAAGGGAGGCAGUAAGGGCACAUUGGGAGCUCAAUUUACUGAAGAAGAACACUUCUGAUAACUUAAGAUGGAAAAAUGUCUGUGGAAAGGAUGGGAUCUUAGCCAAAGUUCUCAAGGCACGUGUUGAGAUGGAGCGUGUGAGGAGGGAAUUUCUUUGCAAUUCUUCCCAGGCAUUGAAGAUGGAGAGCAAUUUUGAUGCCACGAGUGAGAGGGAAUGCAGUAUAUGCUUUUUUGAUUUGCAUCUGUCAGCAGCUGGCUGUCAUCAAUGUUCCCCAGAUAGAUAUGCAUGCUUGAAUCAUGCAAAGCAAUUCUGUUCGUGUGCUUGGAGCACUAAGUUUUUCCUCUUCCGUUAUGACAUUGAUGAAUUAAACAUCCUUCUCGAAGCACUGGAAGGAAAGUUGAGUGCAGUAUACAGAUGGGCUAGACUAGAUCUUGGAUUGGCCUUGAGUUCUUAUAUUGGCAAAGACAACAUAAAAGUUGGUAAAUUAUCGUAUGCCUCCAAGAGUACUAUACUUGAAGAAGUGAGCUCACAGCCACAAAGCAAUUGCUUUAAAGAUCCACCAGGGAAAGAAAUCUCUAAAGAUGGUCCUGAAAGGUCAACUGGGAGAGAAGAAUCAUUUCUUAGCACUGCCAACUCUCUGCAGGUUUGCCAGUUGUCUCAAGAAGACACAUCAUAUGCUUUGAACUCGGCUGAAAGGGAAUCUGGGAUGAAGAUGACUUCAGUUGACAAUAUUAUACUUCUUAGUGAUGAUGAAAGUGAUGAGCCAAAGAAGCUACAUUCAGACAGCCCUACAGCAAUAUCUUCUGCUAACCAGUUAGAACUUCCCAAUAGAUUGGUGGCUUCUGAUGGAAAAGUGAGCCCUUGUAAUGUUGAGAAAGCUGCAGUCUUAAAUAUGCCCGUGACUGAUGCAGCUGUGAUGGUUGAAAAAGUUAUUAGUCCGUUGGCUAGUGAAGAAAAAAAGGAUUUUUCAUCCCAUUCUUAUUCUCAUAUUAUGAAUGUGAAAGAUGAACAGGAGAAUGAUGGACAAUCACGAUCCAAUUCACCUAACCUUUCUUCCAAAUUAGCUUCUGCUGGGGCAGAACAUGGACCAGACACUUGCCAUAUUAGUGAACCCAAGGUUGCUAUUUCCAGGAGUGACCCGAAAGAUUCACAGCCAUGUCACAGUAUAAAACCUGAGAACGAGGAUAGACAUGAAAGGAUGGGAAGAAAUGCUGAUGCAAAUAUAGUGGAUAAUGUAAGAACUGCAAUGGGAAACCCAUCAUCCAGCCAGAACAAUUUGGACAGAUAUUAUCGCCAGAAGGGUCCCCGUAUAGCAAAGGUAGUGCGGAGGAUCACCUGCAUUGUUGAGCCUCUAGAAUUUGGAGUCGUGCUCUCUGGAAAGUCAUGGUGUAACAGCCAAGCCAUUUUUCCGAAAGGAUUUAGGAGCCGGGUUAAGUACAUUAGUGUUCUCGAUCCUACUGUGAGGUGUUAUUAUGUCUCAGAAGUACUUGAUGCAAGACAGGCCGGACCUCUUUUCAUGGUUUCUUUGGAUCAGUGUCCAGGUGAGGUUUUCAUCCAUAAUUCAGUUGGUAGAUGCUGGGAAAUGGUGAGAGAGAGAGUCAAUCAAGAAAUCUCAAGGCACCAUAAGUUGGGAAGACCAAACCUUCCUCCUUUGCAGCCACCUGGGAGUCUUGAUGGCUUUGAAAUGUUUGGUUUUACUUCACCAGUUAUUGUACAGGCCAUAGAGGCAAUGGAUAGGAAUCGCGUUUGCUCCGAGUACUGGGACUCUCGUCCCUACUCCCGACCUCAAGUGCAGAUACCACAAAAAGCUCAAUCUGAAGAAAGUGGUGAAAACUUGAAUAAGAUAACGACGGGAAGGAAUGCUCAUGAGGCCGCCGGCAUUAAUCUCUUGACUAGUGGGGUCGAUACAAUACUCGGAGGCCUGUUCAAGAAGGCUAACCUAGAAGAAUUAAACUCACUGUACAGCAUCAUAAGUGACAAUCAGCAGACUGUCGGUCGAGGCCUAGUGACACGACUUCUUAAUGAAGAGAUUCAAACUCGUCGUCCAACGUGAUUACGAGCUAUUGAUUGGUUUUAUUAGGAUUAGACACCAAACUUGCUCAAUCUGCCAGUUUUGGACUUGUGUAAAUUCCCCUGAUCUCAGGUUGCAUGUACAUCUUACUCAACCUGCUCAUUCAUUAUACUAGAGAAAGGGGGCGGGGGAACCGGGAGAGAAGAAAAAGCUCUUCUUCUGUAGACUAGAAUGUUGUUUUCUGUGUAGCAGUAGGAAAGAAUCUUGAGAUACUUGAGUGGAUAACACCAUUUUAGUGAUUUGGUGUCGACACAAUUUAUUGACUCCCGCCUCAGAUUUCGGUUCAUUGUUCUCAACUUUGUUGCAGCUCUUAGCCUACAAGCUCGUAUUGGACGUUAGAA